UAUAUGAAAAGACAUAUAGUUAACAAUCAAAUGUAUUAUUUUUAUAAAUUAGAAAAUAAUAUAAUAUGAAGAUCAAGCCAUUUAGGUCAAGUUACAAUGGUAGAAAUGCACGAAGUGCUCUGAUUGGUGCGCUCGAUGAGUAGCCAUUCCCUAUAUAAACGAGCACGCGACUGGUUCGCUUCAUUCCGCUCGAUUCCGUACGUGGAGCCAUAUCGAAUACUUUACAGCUAAAGAACAAAAAAAAAAAGAAAUCUUAUCCGAAGAUGCCGCCAAAAGCCAGUGGUAAAGCAGUGAAGAAAGCUGGUAAGGCACAAAAGAAUAUCAGUAAAACCGACAAGAAGAAAAAAAGAAAGAGGAAGGAAAGUUAUGCCAUUUAUAUUUACAAAGUACUCAAACAAGUUCAUCCUGAUACCGGAAUUUCAAGCAAAGCUAUGAGUAUUAUGAAUAGUUUCGUUAACGACGUUUUCGAACGUAUAGCUGCUGAAGCUUCAAGAUUGGCUCAUUACAACAAACGCUCGACUAUAACUUCCCGAGAGAUACAAACUGCCGUACGACUUUUACUUCCAGGUGAACUCGCUAAACACGCCGUUAGCGAAGGCACCAAAGCUGUUACUAAAUACACCAGUUCAAAAUGAAUUGAUAAUAUGUGGUGCAUGCAAACGGCCCUUUUUAGG